UGUCUGUCUGUCUGUCUGUCUGUCAGGAACAACAAAAGAGAUAGAUGUUGCUAUGGCUCAUCCCUGGAGCAAAGAUACCAUCAAGGGAGCGUCCACGACAUGUGGAUAUGCAGCAACAAAACGAGAGGCAAGGAAGGAAGUAAAGUAUCGCAAAGAAUCAUUACCAGAUGGUUCUAAGCCUUUUGUUACUCCUCUGGUGUUCGAACACUUUGGUCGUUGGGGACCCAAAGCAGAGGAAUUUUUAAAUGAACUUGCAAAGAAGUCCAAAGACAUGCUGGGAAGGAAAAAUGAAGCAGCGUUUAGAAGCUAUUGGAGAAGAAGAUUUUCUGUGAUUAUUCAGAAAUGUAACAGUAGAGUUGUUUUAAGAAAGCUAUCUAGGCUUUCAUUGAAUUGUUUGGAUGGACAAGACAAGCUAGAGAUGGACAAAGCCAUUCAUAGUUCUAUUCAUUAAUUAAAACGAAGAACAGUAGGAAAGUAGAACUUUUAGUACUGCAGCAAGUGAUGUAAGUAGUGACGUUUGAUGACAAUAAAACAAAUCUGUCUGUCUGUCUGUCUGUCUGUCUGUGUGUGUGUG